AAAGCGUGCAAGUGACAUUGCCUGCUAUUAGACACGGAAAGGAAUAUUCAAUAAUCUUUAUUUUUACGUUUUGUUGUAUUCUGGUAUUUCUUCACCCUCCCCCCGGUUAUUAUUUCGGGUUUUGUUCGUUUUCUUUUUGCGAGCUUGGCGCAGGCGCACCAUAGCGACAGAGCGGUUGCUAGGGGGUGCGGCGGCCCGCUUUUUCCGACCCAAGCACGGAGGCGGAGUGAUCCUGCAGUUCGGGCGCACAGCGGCUAGCUGCGGGACGGAAAGCGGAACCGACAGGCGGAUUCGGUGUGGCGUACUUUAUCCUCCUUUUGAAUAACCAACAUUAACAAUGGCUGAUCAGCUAACCGAGGAGCAGAUUGCUGAAUUCAAGGAGGCCUUCUCGCUAUUUGAUAAAGACGGCGAUGGCACCAUUACCACCAAAGAGCUGGGGACGGUGAUGCGCUCUCUAGGGCAGAAUCCCACCGAAGCCGAGCUCCAGGACAUGAUCAACGAAGUCGAUGCCGACGGUAAUGGGACGAUCGAUUUUCCUGAAUUUCUCACCAUGAUGGCGAGAAAGAUGAAGGACACUGACAGCGAGGAGGAAAUCAGAGAAGCCUUCCGGGUUUUUGACAAGGACGGAAACGGAUACAUCAGCGCGGCUGAGCUGCGCCAUGUCAUGACAAACCUGGGCGAGAAGCUGACCGAUGAGGAGGUAGACGAGAUGAUCAGAGAGGCAGAUAUCGACGGGGAUGGGCAGGUCAACUAUGAAGAGUUUGUCCAGAUGAUGACUGCAAAGUAAAACUGGAAACCAAAAGGACUACAGCAGACCAAACAGUGGGCAGCAUACUCACUGUCAAUCUUCAACAAGCAUUCACACCAUCCUCCUCCUGCUUUCCAUUUUCGUUCUCACUCCCCGUUUUCCUUUUUGUCCUUCAGUUCAACUCUCCUCCUCUGCUCUGCUUGUAUUCCCCCCCAAAGGAAAUUGUUUACCCUGGUCUUCAUCUCAUUAUUCCAUUAAAAAAAAAUCAAAGAACUGUUUACAUAUAAUCGAAGAUAAGAAAAAAAAUAAUUAAAUAUAUAAAGUAAUACAUGUAUCAAUAUUUCGAAAGUUAUAGAACAUAUACUAUGGCGAACAGCAAAAUGCAUGCUUUAUUUGGUUUUGGCAUGUUUCUGUGCUUCUCUGCUUGCCUUGAUUUCGAACUUGCUCGCUCUCCUUUAACUCUGCAUGUUUCUCAUGCAACCUCUGCUCAGUGGUCUUAGAACUGUAUGGUGAACAACCAUUCAUGGAUUUCAGGGGCUUUAAUGAUUAAGUGGUUCAAAAAUAUAUAAAAAAAAAAUCGUACUUGUGUUGGUUGAGUAGCUGCAGUUUAGUGUAAUUGAGUUCCGUAGUAACUAAGCAGACUAGAUACUGAGAACCUUUAGGUGUGUGUGUGGGGCGGGUUAAAAAAACAAAAAAACACCAAAAAAAAAAGCUAGCAGAUUUGGCCUAGGGUUGCCCAGGCAUGAAUAGGGGAGCAAUAUUAAGCAAGGAAUUGUACUACUUGUGCACUCCAAUUAGGAAAGGACAAAGACAGACACUAAGUUUUAGUCUUAAACACAAGCCUGUUCUUAAAAAGCUCUGUCCUGAAUAAUGCCAUAAUCCGUUCUAGGCUAGAGAGGUCUGAUGGCUCAUGUCGGAGGAUUUCCCAGCUUAUCAACACGUUAUAAUUUUUUUAUUUUAUUUGUUCUGUAGGCAGAGGUUAGUCGUUUCGAGCGGUUGCAGUGUGUAAGUUUUCGUAUUGACGAUGUAAAAUAACUUCCAUGUGAACGUAUGGUCUUUAGAUUUCUAUGCUGCACUGUGUCCAAGACCAUCCAUUCAUGUCCUGUAGCUUAUUCAGUGGACCAUUUCUGGGUUGGGAAUAAACGCAUUUAAGCCGGGUACAACAUUCUUCCUGCAAGGUAUUGGCAAACGUGCAAUGGUGUACAUGUAGAAAGCAUGCAAUUAGAGAAAACCUGACCUUUACUGAGGAGUAGUGAUGAUGCUUCAAGGCAGGAUCGAUUCGAAUCGCCCAAUACCAUCGUUGUACAUCAUUUGGGAAAAAAAUUCAGUCUUUGUAGCACCUGUGUAACACUUGUCCAGUUAAUAAUGAGCCAAAUUAUCAAUUCAAGUUGACUGUGGAGGCUGGUGCAGGGACAAAGCGCCUGCAGGAAGGGUGAUGCGCUCUGCUUAAAAUGUUGCAUCCUCUAUAGUGACAAUCUGUCUUUUCUACUGUUAUGAAUGUAUUUUUUUAAAUGUAAUUUUAACUGUUAAUUCUAAGGGCUGGUUUCCCCAGAAUAAGGCCUGACCUUGGACUAAAAAGGAGUUUCAAUGUAGAAUCACUGGCUUAGGCUAAGAUUGGGCUUAAUGCCUGGAAAAAACACCCUUCCUUCUUUCCUGCUCAUAUUGUCAAUUAGGGAACAUUGAAGGUAUGCGUUCCAUUGCAGAACUGUUAUUCUUGCUAAAUAAACUUCUGGGACUUGUGUUUCUA